AAAUGUGUUAAAUGUUUUGCUUAGCCCCAAAAAGCAAAGAGACAAAACUUGAAAGAAGAGUAGUAGUUAGAACGUCAGAGAGCUAGCUACUUCGAAGGAAGGUUUCAUUCAUCGAAAAUGGCAGCUUUAUUAUUAAAUAAUCGGUCAAACUCUGCCUCCCAAUCCAAAGUCUAAAACCUUUCCUUCUUCUUUCUUUACAAAUCCAACAAUCUCAAUGUCUCCAAAUCCAUAACUUUCUUCGAUCCCCUUGUUCUUCCUCUGUCUGCUGUUACAUUUUUUACAAAACCCUAAUCAAACCCAUUUUCUUCUAUCAAUCUUAACCCUAGAAUCAAAUAAAGACUCAAUCUUUCUUUGCUUUGCUCUGUUCUGCUCUGUUUUUGCUCUGUUUUUAUAAUGGCUUGUUUCUUGAAUUGUGUUAGAUUUGAUGUCUCCAAGACGAUCACCGACAAACCCACAAGUCAAGGAUCUGGUGUGACUUGUUAUAACAGCUGGGAUGAUGUUGAAACUCUCACUUCCAAUUUCUCUAGAUUGAUUGGUUCUGGUGGCUAUAGCAGUAUCUACAUGGCUCGCUUCUCUGGCUCUGAUAAAGCGGCUCUCAAGGUUCAUGUUAGUAGUCACCGUCUUUAUCAAGUCUUUAGACUUGAGCUUGAUAUUUUGCUUCGUCUUCAACAUCCUAACAUUGUCAAGCUUCUUGGCUAUUUCGAUGAUUCAGAGGAAAAUGGUGCUCUUCUUCUUGAGUAUCUUCCUCAAGGAAAUCUACAAGAGAAGCUCCAAAGCAAUAGCAAGCAAGUCUUGCAAUGGAGGAACCGUGUAGCGAUUGCGUUACAGUUAGUUCAAGCUAUUGAACAUAUUCAUGAGAAAUGUAGCCCGCAGAUAGUGCACGGGGACAUCAAAUCUUCCAACGUUCUUCUAGACAAAAACUUUGAUUGCAAGCUUUGCGAUUUCGGGUCAGCUAAAGUCGGGUUCUCUUCGAUGGUUCAGCCUCCUACGAUGUCGCCUAGAUCUAGACAAGUGAAGAUGGUGGGAUCUCCAGGUUACACAGACCCUCAUUAUUUAAGAACCGGGAUUGCUUCGAAGAAGAUGGAUAUGUAUGGGUUUGGAGUUGUGGUUCUUGAGUUGGUUUCAGGAAAAGAAGCGUUUUCUGCUGAGAGAGGUGAGAUGCUGGUGCAUAUAGCUGCUCCACUUAUGAAUGAGAUUUUGGAUUCGAGUGUAGACAUUUCAGAGGACAAGGUCAGACAGUUCUUGGACCCGAGGUUGUUAAGGGAUAGUCUUGAUAUCGAUGAGGUCAAGACAAUGUUGAGUGUUGCUGCGGUCUGUAUCAGUAGCAAGCUAUCUCUAAGACCUUCGGCUGCUCAAGUAGCGGAUACUCUUAUAAAGGAAAUACCAUCAUUGAGUUUCCUCGGUUGCGGUAAAGGAGUGUGAGUUAUCGGUGUCGAUGGUUUUUGUUGUAGUGUGGUAAGGCUGCGUGAACGACACUGUAAAGUUGGUGUGCAUUUAGGAGUUUCUUGGAAAACCAGCAAGAAGAAUAACCAUGUAAAUACUCUUGUUUUGUUUUGUGAAUAGAAGCAGGAAAUAACAUUUUGUCUAAUUAUCAUUCAUCAACAUUUCCUAGGAAAUGUAAUUUUGAUUGUUGUUUUGUCUUGAAAUCUUAGAGAGAAAGAGAAGUUCUGUUCAUGUCAAUGUAAUGUAAAGUAAAGCUUAAAGCAGAAGCAUGUCAUUGUGAAUAUGAAGCAAAGUUUAUGUGACUUGUAGUGCAAUUUCAAAGGUUCUGAUUC